GAAUGAGCUUUCAGUAGACAAAACUAAAAAGAAGAAAAGAAGAGAACUGACUGAGGAACAGAAGCAAGAAAUUAAAGAUGCCUUUGAGUUGUUUGAUACAGACAAAGAUAGAGCAAUAAAUUAUCAUGAGUUAAAGGUGGCAAUGAGAGCCUUGGGUUUUGAUGUGAAAAAAGCUGAUGUACUGAAAAUACUUAAAGAUUAUGAUCGAGAAGCAACAGGCAAGAUCACCUUUGAAGACUUUAAUGAAGUUGUGACAGACUGGAUAUUGGACAGAGACCCCCAGGAAGAAAUACUCAAGGCAUUCAAGUUGUUUGAUGAUGAUGACUCUGGUAAAAUAAGUUUGAGAAACCUGCGCCGGGUUGCUAGAGAAUUGGGUGAAAAUAUGUCAGAUGAAGAACUACGGGCUAUGAUUGAAGAAUUUGAUAAGGAUGGAGAUGGAGAAAUCAGUCAAGAAGAGUUCAUUGCUAUUAUGACUGGAGAUAUUUAGCAUCAGAAGAAGAGAAGUUAACUCAGCACAAAAGGGAGGAAUCAUUGGCAGCUUCCAUUACACUGUUUUGUACUUCCAUUCAUUUCUGUAGCUGGAGUGAUGCAGAAAAUUGCUUUCCUCACAGGACCAAAAUAAAGACAGGUUAUAUACACUGAUAGUUCAGUAUUUCAUAUCGUUAAAUAUUCUCACUAGAAUAAUUGAUAUAUCAUUUUAGAACAAGUAAGUAAUGCUGCCUUUCAGAAUGUUCGAGUACUCAUUUGUAAAAUAGCUUUGUAUAGGAUUUCUAAAUUAUAGCAUAUUAUAAGAACCUUACGAGGUUGACUUUGUGUUAGCAUUAGCUGUGGCCUUAGUUUUGAUACAUAAGGUUUGACAAACUUCCAUUUUAAUAAAAUGUACUUUACUA